AUGAAGAGAGUCCUAACGUGCAGCCUCUCUGCUCUUCUCAUCCUCCUCCUUCCCGAGAGGAGCUUCCAAGGGCCGCCUUCGCCUUCAAUCCCUAUCCCCGUCUGUCCUGCUCCUCCCCACGCUUUCCCUCGUCUGGAUCUUGGCAGACAGCAAGGGGGCCUUAUCAUCAACGGGUUUUCGGCCAACAUCAGGGAUGUCCCCUUCAUGGCCUUCCUGGAAAUAACAUUACCCAACAGUUCGGCGUCGUUUGCAUGCGGUGGCUCCAUCAUCAGUGAGCAGCAUAUCCUCACUGCUGCGCACUGUGUCCUCGAUGAAAACUAAGACCUGGAGUACAGUAGCUUUCAGUACAGUACAGAAAAGCAGUUCAAAUNCGCUCCGGCCACUGGAAUAAAGGUCUGGGUGGGGAAUGAAGAUAAGAGGAACGGAGAGGUCCACGAUGUCCUAGACUUCACAUUUGAUGAGAAUUUCAACUUCGGUCAACCCGAGAAUGGUCACGACAUCGCCGUUUUGCGCUCGCGCGUGCCUCUGACCUUCGGCGAGAACAUCCAACCGAUCUGCUUCCCCACGAGCGACGAAGUCCUGAGAGGGGCCAUAACCGGCUGCCACCAGGCGGUUUACGGCUGGGGGACGCUCAGUACUCAGAGCGAGCAAUCCACAAAUUUCCACUGUCGGUGACAGUGCUUCCGGACGUCAGUCCUUGUGAUUCGAUCCGCAAUGAUGAGACAGUCUUUUGCGCUACGGGAGUUCCCGAAAACAGUGGAAUCUGCCACGCAGACAGUGGCGGACCCUUGGUGGUGAUAUAUGGUGAUCGAGCCUAUGUCACCGGGAUCAUCUCGUACUUCCGCACCCAAAGCUGCGACAGUUUCAUUUCUGGCUACACAAGAACUUCCAAGUACACCGAUUGGAUGCAACAAGCUCUUCAGGUUUUCGGAUAAAAGCGUCAUUUUUUCUCUCAUCUGCCUCGAGGUACACGCACGCACGCACGCACAUACACACUCACGGACGCACGCACGUCAAGACACGCACAGAAAUUCGCCGGAGCACUCGAUUACGUGGUAUCA